UUUACAGGUUCUCGCUCCCAACAUAUUCGGUUGACACAUCUGCGCGAGCGCAACUAUAAGUGCACUCAUUGCAAUAUGGCGUUUGGUAAACGACGAGCACUCCUCAGCCACCUGGCUACCAAACACGGAAUAGGCGAGAAAAAGAACCAGUGUCAGUUAUGUGACAAGGCGUUUUAUAGAAGUACAACUUUGAGGUAUCACAUGAAAACGCACGUUAAACGUGAUCGAAAUAGGUACGUGUGCUACAUUUGCGGUCUGAGGUUUUCGUACAAAACGUUGCUGAUGAAUCAUCAAAAAAGUCAUGAGAACGAGUCUGCAGAAGUCAUAAAUGAAUCGAUCAUAAUAGACCCGACCUUGGAAGGUUCUAAUGAUACGGUUUAUUUUGAAAUAACUGAGGGAUAAAUGACAAUAAAUGAUUUUUAAAAGUUAAUAUGUUGUUU